CGCCAUGUUCCCUAGGAGCUGAGAGCUGAAUGUGAGGUGUAGUUAUUUUCGUUUAUCAUGUACCUGUCGUCUACGCCCCGAUUGUAAUCAAACUUUUCCUUUCUCGCGUUAAGAUGUGAGUCGAGGUGAUAAAUAAUCAAGCAAUCCGAUCGUCGGCUCGCGCCGAUAUCUAUGAACCGAAGUGCCUGAGGCCGUGGGGUCUGAUUCCGACUGACCAGCGGACAGCUCAACAUGGCUGACAACAUGAGUCACAAUCCAGUCCAAAGCAAGGAUAAAGUGCGUCUCGGCGGUCCUGGGGCCACGACGGGCGCUGACGAUGCGGUUCUGGAGCGUAAGAAGACGCCCUCUUUCCAGAUCACGAGUGUGACAGUGGCUACCAGGGUGAGCAACGACGGCGGGGACGAUUCGGCCGACGACCUGGACGACUCUCGGACGGACGACAUCUCGGAGGCCGUGGACAUUGACGGCUCGCCGUCUAUGUCGCUGUCAAGAGUGACAGAUCUUGAGACUCCUAGUUUUAGCGAGGAGAGUUUCAGUAAAGAGGAUGUGUUCUUCAAUACAUCGGCCGCAGCUCUAGGUUCGGCACCUGUGAUACCCACAAGCUCGCAGUAUGGGCUGGCAAUUGUACCCAACCUUGAAGGAGACCCUGCCAACACCAGUUCUCCUGUCAACUGCAUCAACAGUGUUAGUGCCAGUGAUGUCCAUGUUAAUGUCAGUGUGGCAGAAGCCAACAGUAAGCAGAGUGAGGUGGACAGUAGUCAUAGCCAUCCAGGCCGUAACGAGCGGUUUAAGGUAGUUAAAAUAGAAAGCACUGAACCAUUCAAGCGGGGCAGAUGGAUGUGCAUGGAUUACCUGGAUCAUACAACUCAGCCACAGCAAAACCAGCAACAACAGCAGCAGCAGCAACAACAGCAGCAGCAACAACAGCAACAACAGCAGCAGCAACAGCAACAGCAGCCACACAUCCAGCAGCAGCCACAACAAUCCCAGCAGCAUCCACCUCAAGCCCAGCAACAGCAACCUUUACAACAACCCUUGCAACAACAACAACAACACCCAAUUCAGCCACUUCAGCAGCAGCAACAACAAAUGCAACCCCAGGUUACAUUAGUGCAACAUUCUUUGCAGAAAACAGACUGUAGUGAUGUUAUCUCACCAAACAUGGGGAUGUCACCAUAUCCGCAAGACCAACAAGUUAUGAUUAAUGAUUCAAUGGUGAAAAAUGUUGGACCUGAAGAUCACCAGAGUAGUGUUUUAGACCCCAAUGUUAUUGCCCAGAUGGCAAAUAGCAUGAUAGCACCAGUCUCUUCUCCUGACCAACAUCAACAAGCAAUGUUGGCUUCCCAGCGACAUCAGGUUGCUCAACAGAGUUUAACUAUGGGACAGAUGGCGACCAGCAGUUAUCAGCCAAUGGCUGGACAGUCACUACCCCAUGUGGCUAUACCUAGCAGUCAGCCCCAGCAGCAAGUUGUUAUUCAGGGACAACAAAUGCCUCAGACGAUGCCUCAGCAAUUGGCACAAAGUUUCCAACCACAAGGUAACUCAGCUGCUGGUCUACCUCAGCAAAUCCUGCAACCCCAACACCCUCAAAGUAUGACUCAGGUGCCAUAUCAGCCUCAGCCAGUCUCUCAACAUCAAAGCCUGCCCCAGCAACAGUUGCAGCAUGUGAUACAAGUCCACCAACAACAAUAUCAACAGCAGGCACUUCCUCAAAUGCAGCAACUACAACAGCAAAUUCAUCAACAGCAAAUUCAACAUCAGCAGCUUCAGCACCAGCAACACCAGCAACUGCAUCAAAUGCAACAGCAACAUCAAAUGCAGCAGCAGCAGCAAAUGCAACAUCAACAGCUUCAGCAACAACAAAUGGCUGUAGCAAUGCAGCAGCAGCAACAACAGCAGCAGCAGCAACAACAACAACAGCAGCAGCACCAGCAACAACAUCAAGUUUUACCCCAAGUUGCUCAACCUCCUCACAGUGCUGCACAGCAUUCUGUAAUGUCUCAAGUUGUUCAACAACAGGCAACUCACAUGUCUGCACCAACACAGCAGACACAGUAUUAUAGUCCUCAGCAGGGACCCAUCAUCCAGCCGAAGGUUGUCACAAUCCAACAACAGAACCAAGCUGGCGGUUAUCCUGCGCAGACUUCAAUGACAGUAACGCAGACGCAGAACGUAAAUUCCACUUCUCAUCUCCCCACAAUGACUCAAGGGGCAUCGUUGCCUCAGCAGUCAAUACCCCAAUCUAUUGCACAAGCGCAAUCACUGCAGGCCCAGUCAUUACAAGCUCAAUCCCUUCAAGCCCAACUACCUCCUCAGCAGCAUCAGCACCAGCAACAUCCUCAUCAACAGCCCUUACAGAUGGCUGGGCAAGCUCUUUCACAGAUGCAACCUUUGGGUCAAGGCCAAAGUCUUCCUCAAAAUCUCACAUCAAAUUCUGUUGCUCCAACUGGUCCUCAACAACAAAUUCCGCACCAGCAGCUUGCUGGACAAUCUUUACCUCAAAUGCAACAGAUUGCAUUGGCUCAAAAUUUACCUCAAGGAGUGCCUCCACAAAGUGUUGCACAGUCUACACCUCACCCGCAGAUUUCCAACCAACUGCCUCCACUGCAGACUAUGGCUCAGGUUCAAAACUUGCCCCAAAGCAUUUCCCAGAGCUCUGUUCCUCAGCCGGCUGCUCAGCAGGGCCAAAUUGGCAUGGCUCCUCAGCAAAUGAUGCCAAUGCAAAUGCAGCAGGGCCAAAGUACCUUGCUUGCUGCUCAACAACAGCAGCAGCAGCAACAACAGCAGCAACAACAACAGCAGCAGCAACAGCAACAACCUCCUCCACAGCAACCUCAACAGCAGCAGCAGCCCCCACAGCAGCCUCAACAGCACUACCCAAUGGCUUCUAAUGCUGGUCCUCAAGCAUUUUCAAACCCUACUGUUAGUUCAACAGCUUCCAUAAUGUCUCCACAUUCCGGUGGUGCUGCAUCUAUUGCCACUAGUGGUGUUUCAAAUGUUGUGGAUCCCAUGACAGGCACUCUUUUAGGAACUGUAAACAAUCCUGUUGAACUGCAAUCAAACCAAGGGGUUGUUUCAAGUAAUCAAAACGGUCCAGGUAUAGGGCCAGCAAAUGCACUUUUGGAAUCUCUUGUCGAAGCUACUAAUUCUGUUGAUGAUGUGGCUCCUGGCAAUACAGAUGACACAGAAAGUGCAUCUGGAACAAAUGCUGUAGCAAUUGAUAACAAGAUCGAACAAGCUAUGGAUUUGGUGAAGAGUCAUCUUAUGUUUGCUGUGAGAGAAGAAGUGGAAGUGCUGAAAGAGAAAAUAGCUGAACUUAUGGAUCGUAUUAGUCAAUUAGAACUAGAAAACUCUAUUCUCAAGGCACAUGCUACUCAGGAGACACUAGCCCAGCUUAAUUCAAGUAGUGGCAGUAAUAUGCAACCACAGGGUCAACAAGGUUCUGUGUCGCAGGGCCAAUCGCAACAAACACCUCCUCAAAGUACUCAGCCUCCUCAGCACCAGAAUGGGUCUUGAAGAUAAUUUAUCAGCUUGUUGUGAAGUUAAAGAUGUGAUAUAUUACGGCCAUUGAGCAUUGGUGGAAAACCAGAUGCGUACUUGCCAGUUGUGUAGGGUUGACACUUGGGAACAUCCUUACUGGCUGAUUCCCAUUUAGUAAUGAAUUAAUUAAUUGCCAAGUAGAUAAAAGAAGCCGAUGAGGUUCUUGAAUUUAGACUGUGCUUGUACUAAUUCUAGAGUGAUAUUGAAUCCCUCUUGAGUGAGGUCUGGCAUCACUGCCUGUGACUGUCUUCUGUUGACAAGGAUUAAUGCCAGCAGCGACCAAGUCUAGGAUAAUUAAGAUACCAGCUGGUUCUGGAGCCACAGAUGCUGGUUGCAUUUCGUGCUCAUUUUCUUUGUACAUGUGGUUUUGCUCUUGCUUCACCCACUUUUGGAGCCUUAAUUUAAGACACAAUCACCACCUAUCUCCCCAAAGAAUUUUUCAUGUUCAGAUCGCUGUACUUUCCUUUAUUUCAAUUCAAAACUAAGUGAAAAAGAAAAAAAGACUAGGGCUUUAUACAGUGGAAUAUGCAACUAUGUUCUGCAUACCUCUCACAAUCAUAUGCUAUGGUCUUCUUUACUUGAAAAUGUAUCCUUUAAUAGGCAAGUAACUUUGCAAACACUAGUCAAAUUUUGACUGGUCAUCUGACCCUUGUAUCUGGAGCAUACCUUUUACAAUUUUAUUUUGUAUGGGAAGUUUUAUUGCACUCGUGUAAUUACUUAUUGAAAUUUCUAACUUGUUUGAUUUGUUUUACCUAUUCAUGUCAUUUUUGUUAGCAUUUUGAACUUACAUUAAGGGCAAAGGUUAGGUUGUUUUUUUCACAUGUGCUGUAAAAUAUCCUUUGAUUCCUUUAGUUUUUGUUUUUUUUCAUCAUUUCAGUUAAAUGGGUGUUCAAAUCAUUUGUAUUCUUCUGAACAGUAGGAUUUCUGUAUAUAAACUAAGUUUAGGAUGGCUUAAUCUAGCAUCUUCCUGAAACUUGUCUGAUUUGACUCAAAAUCAUAUGCACUAAUGAAUAUGUUAUCCUAAAGUGUUUUUUUUUACAAAUUCUACUUAGGUAUGCUUUGUAAACCAAUCAUAUUUCAAAAUCUUUUUCUUCUUUUUUGCCUGUUAUUCUUGGUAAAGAUAUGAUUUGCAUUCAUCUUUUUUGAAAUGAUUGAUACUGUAUUGAGCUCAAAGGUUUCUUGUUAUUGGUCACUUUUUGUAGUUCUAAUUUCCUGUGUGAUUCUGAGCAGAAUGCAGCAAUUAGACUGUGGAGAUUUAUGUACCCCUGAAGUAGUUAGCUCUAGUCGUUCUUAAUAAGACUGAAUUUCUGACAAACCUAGGUGGCCUCUAGUCCUGUUCAAUGGUAUCACUCACAGUGCGAAUUGUGAACUCUCCUGAGGUAGCUUAAAUUUGGAAGCAAGCAGAAUUGUUCUGGCCAGUACAUUCAAAUUAAUUUGUUGUUACUAAAUCUGUGCUGGAGGGGAAAUAGGAUAGAAAAUAACAACCUGGAACAAUUACGAAUGAGAAUAGUCGGUGUGCCAUAAGACCAUGUUGUCCACUGUUUUCAGAUUAUUGCGUUUGUUGGAUUUGCUGCACUCAUAAUCUUAAAUUCCAUUCAAAAUUUAGAAAAAGGGUAAUUAUAAUUGUUACAACUAAGGAUGGUUUUCAAUUACAGUUACUAGUUACUGGCAUUGGAAAAACUUGAUCUUUUGUUUUUCUGUUUUUCUCUUGUUGAAUUUUUGUCCAAACUUCUGUUAUUUCAAACAUCUGCUUAGGUCUAUUGUGAGUUUGUUUUGGGUUUAACUUGUCUGAAUCUUUCAAAAUUUGUUAUUUGUUUGUUGGUGCUAUGGCAUAUGAAACAGGAGAAAUAAGAUUUGUGAACACAACUAUUUUAAGUGCUCCAUGACUUGCUUUCUUCCUUCACUAUUUUCCUAAAGAGUUCAGGGGAUGGUGCACAUUCCACUUGUGAUGCAAGGAAACUGUGUCUUACCAGAUUGAUGCAGGAGCAGAACUUUCUCUAGAUUUUCGAAUAUUUCUGGUUCCAACUAAUUCCUGAUUUUUGCUGUGGUGGCAGCUGUUUUUUUGUACUCCUGAAUGGAAAUUUAUAUCGAUAUAUGUCUACAUAUAAAAAUAUGUAUCCUCUCUGGCUUUGAAGCUUUGAAGAUGUGUGUAUGGUUAAUUUCAGUAUUUGACUUGUUUUGCGUUUUGCAAGCAUUCAAAGUCAUGAAGGCUGUGUUAGUGAUAUAUUUAGUGUAAGGUAAUUUUAUGCCUUAUGUGAAUCAAGCUCAAAUGGGCCUCAAUAUUAAUUCCUAAAUCAUUUUUUUCCUUCAAAAAAUGAAGAUGACGGUUAUUUUAAUAUUGAGGAACCCUUUAGCUCAGAUAGUCAGGAAACUUGUCUUUGUAUUAUGUCGUAUGAAAUUUUAUGUUAUGACUGCCAUUGCCUUCAGCAAUGUUCUUGUGUGCAUUGUUUCAUCUUCGGUGUGUACAUUUUUACUUAGCAUGCUUUCUCUGAUUAUCAAGCUGUGAGUUGUAUCUCUCCUAGUUUUAUUUAGUUACAUUUUCCCCAUUUUAAAAGUUAUUUUAUCAGUUUGGUCUUUGUUUGUGGACAAUGCUGUUUCUUCUAAUACCUUUUCAAUGAUAAAAAUACUUACCUAUCCCCAUUAGUUAACUCAGAUUUCCAUCAAACAGGUGCCAAUCAUUUUGUUCAAACAAGUUAUGAUCAAUUAUGAAUGCUUUAAAUGUUAGGGUAACAGUAUCGGCUCCAGUAUCUUAUUUAAGAAAUGAAUCUCGUUCUGGAAAAGAAAAUUUUAUUGACUUUGCUUCAAACUUCCUCUUUCCUGGCUCUCAAACAUUGUUUUUAAAAAUAAUUUUAGCUGAUUUCAAAGCCGCUACAGACAGCUGCUUUAUCAAACUCUACAAGGCUGGCUUGUUGCCAUAUUUUUUAUAGCAGAGAGAGUGGUCAGCUUUGUCUGGAAAAAGUUCUGUGUGGUUUUCGUCACUGUUAAAUACGUAUUUUGUUCAAUUUUAUUGAUAAGUGCUUCCUAAGUCCAGAGUAAUAUUCAGAUAAUGAGUAGUAUAUCUAUGCUUUCUGCUGUCUAAAACCUCCCCAUGCACAAGAUAGUGAAAAAGUGUGUCUGUGAGUACCUUCUCACUUGUCACCUGCUAGCUACAACCAACCACUUGAUACCUACCUUUUGUGACAUGUGACAUGCUUUUAAUUUGUGGUGUUAUUGUCUUAAGGUAACUUGUUUCUCGUGUCUCAUAUUAUUCAGAAUGCUGCGUUUUCUGCACGGUAGUGUUCAUAAUUUUUGCCAGGUGAAGCAAUCUUUGCAAACAACUCAAUGUGGCACUCAUUUGAUUUCUUAAGUAAAUCCCGAUAUAAGUAGUCUAUUUGACAAGCUUGGUUGCAAAGACACUUUUUAUGUGAAUGCCCAAUCAUUUCAAUGCCUUGUUCUAAGGAAGUUAACUUUUUAAUAUUCCAGAUCAUGCCAAUGGCCCCUUUUACAUUUACUAUCAUGUGAUACGUAUUGCAAAUUUUUUUUUUUUCAAAUAAGGCUGACUGUUUUGUUAAGUUGUUUUUGGUCAUGGCAACUUAAAUGUGUCAGCACAUUGUUACCGAUUUUACUGUUAAUAGACAUACAUUCAGAAACUAAAGUAAUAAUAAUUUGGCUGUUUUUAAAUGUUUUUUGUUUUUACAAAAAAGCAUCCUGGUUACGUGUUCAUAAUUUACCCUAUGAAAAUCGAUAUCCUUGUACUUAGUAUUUAUCAGCAAAAGGAAUUCUUGGAGAACUUUAUUUUAAAGUAUCAGUUUUCUCUUCAAUUGAAAGUUUAUGCUCUGGCCAAUCUAUAUGUUUCUUUGUUGAAAUGCGGCAAACCUUUCGAAUGAGAUUAUUUUUAAGUAGGCUUGUAUUUUGAUUGGGACUAAAUUGGAAAUUGAACUGUGUACAGUGAGAUGAUUGUAUUGUAUAUAGAUAUUGAAAAGUUAAUAUAUGCAUAUAUAUACAUAUUUAAAAUUAUUUUUUAUGUAUUGCUGGCAGUUUUGUGAUUUUAUGGUAUUGGAGAGAACAUAGUGUGUGCGUGUGUGUAUGUAUGUGUGAAUAUCCGCAUAAGUGAAAACAAAUCUGCAGUCUUUUUUUUUUAUCUAAAUGAAAAUUGUAAAUACCAUCAUGCAGGAAAUAUGACUUAUGGUUCCUCAUUUGUUAUUGAUAUUAAUAAAUAACUAUCCACUUCAUAUAA